AUGAAAGGCUCCCAGUCUCUCGCUAGUCUCGGGAAGGAAGACAUGAGAUUACUAACCUGGAUCCUCAGCAUAGGCCACAUCGAUCCAAGUAGUAAUCGAGAGGAAAAAGAUGAAGCGAUCGUAAAGGCGAUCAAAACACUCCCGCCCGCGCUGCGGAAACACAGGUUGGCAUCCUUAUUUCGGUGUCCUCCUACGGUCCUGUGUCGUUCGCACAAGGAACUGAACCCCUACGCGAUCCGACAUGUUUUUGAACUUCUGCGGUACGAGGUAACCGCGCAUAUGGAGUCCCUCUGCUGGUACCAUGACAUGCUCGACGUAAAGUUGCGAGACCUAGUCUACAGCCUGCGAGACAUACAGUAUAUGUGGAACCCUUCUCGACGAGGCUCAGUCACAUUCCAGCAGAACAAGUGCGAGGCAUGUAUCCUCGCGAGGAUUGUCGGAGGGCCAGCGUUCCUGCUACUACUGCGGACAGCUCUCCUGAGCCGCACAGCAACCCGGAGGAAUCACUAUAUACCGAGACUUCUCUCAUUCGUCGAAGAAAGUAUGACACACCAUGAAUGCCUUACGGGGCAAAUCUAUUACUGGAGCGGCAUUUGGGCGAAAACGAUGAAGCACCAGAGGAAACAGGCUAAGUGCGCGCUGAGGUCGACUGAUCCUGUAGCGAACCUCAAAGCAGACCUCCAACAAGCAAAGGAGAUUGUUGUUCCGAUCGGUAUCGACUUGGAAACCCUUGAGUCAUCCCAGAGGGUCCGUCAAGGGCACAGAAGUCACCGGGAGCCAUGUACAAUAUCUGGGCAAGCCCCCAGACAACAUAAUAGUGAUGUCGACACCCUUGCAGGAAUCAUCGGACUGUACGGCGAGCUUCAACCUGCAGACGAGGUAUCCUCAGCCACAUUCUAUGCAACAGAGGAUCAGUCAGACCUCUCUUCCGUCACUUACACUGGCGAUACUCCUAUUUAUACAUCCACAAUCCCUCCACUAAACGCGCCAUAUCCCUCCUCAAAUCUGCGACCUAUCCACCAACAGCCAAUCAGCAAGCAAAAACCACCAGCGAAAGACCCAGCCGGUGAUACCGAUGACGGGUAUGCAAGGAAUGAAUACAUCCCUUCUCGAAAAGAAUUUAAUUGGCAGCAUGUGCCCGGGAAGCACAGACCCUUAGAUCCGCUGUCCAACGAACCUCAAGGCCUCUGGAGGGAAGGGCUUCAAGGGGAUGGCGGGUGUGAGGAAAUAGCAGCCCUGUACCAAGAUCUGCUCGGCACAUACUCCGAGUCAGAAAACGGGGAGAACUCGAUAGAGAAACGGCCAAAGCAAGACACCACCUGGGGUCUUUUCUUAAAGGUUUAG